AGCACUUUCAACAUUUUAGUGAGCCGUUAGGACGUGACAGCUCGGAAAUGAAGCUAUUUUGCGUUGUUUUGGUUAUUUACGUUGUGGCUCUGACCCUCUUUGGAGUCGACGGACGUGGCGGGGGCACCACAAACGGAGCAGAGGAACCCAAGUUCGUUGGACUCCUCAGACGGUCUCGUCGUGAUGCCUUAGAGGAGAAAUUGGUGGCCAAUGAGGCUCCGCCACCACCACCGCAGUUCAGGCAACGCCGCCAGGCUCCACCCGGUAUUCCUCCCCCACCAGAUGGUCUUCCACCACCACCCCAGUUCCUCCUCUAGACAUUCCUGAAUGUAUAGCAUAAUGUUGGGCGUUUGUGCAUGUAAAUGGGAACCACAUCGAAGCUAAUAAAACUAGUUUGAAGCAUUCCAAAAAGUA